AUGGAGCGAUCGCUCGUGCGGCUCAUUGGACGGCCAGGGGACGUGCCCGUGGCGAAGCAUGUCUUGGCGAGAGCAGAGGCUCGACACCUUCAGCAAAUGAGCGACCCACUCAUGUGCCAGGAGCAAACUGCGAUUGCGCAAACCUUCAAUGAAGAGCGGUUUCAGGAGUGGGAGGACAGACUGAAACAUGAGCGCGCCAGGGCGAAGGUUGAGGAGCAGAAGCAGAUCAUUGUUGCAGCAGACAUCGCUCAGGCAGUGGUCUUUGCAGACGAGGCGCCGUUUCUCUUCCGCUUGCAGAAAGUUAUGGGCCGCACAAGUCGAGGCAGCUCCAGAAGCAGAAGCCGAGGAGGUGACAACGAGAGCACGUCAGAUGGAAGUAGCGACAGCGAGGCCGAGUCCUACUCUGUCUCCAGCCAGGACGGGAUGUUGGGCCAUGACGGUCUCAAGGGGGCUUUCAGGUUGAAGGGAUACAGGCCUCGGCUGGGUCAUCAGACGAACCCAGCCCAACUUGCUGGCAAGGGCCGGUUCUUUUCGGAUCUGCUGAUGACGUGGGCUCUUUCGGCGAUGGACAGUUUCCGUUGCACCUUGCCGGGCAGAGCGCCUGACGUGCAGCCGCUGCGGCACAAUGUUGAGGAUCUGGCAGAUGAGGCGCCCGACCCUGUCCGGAAAGACUUGCAGGGCUUCUGCCCCUACCUGCACGAGCUGCCUGCAGCAUUUACCACCUUCUGGCAUCAGCUUCACGGGGCAGCCCUUCUUGUCGAGCGCCCGGGCCGCAAGCUGAAAUUCACCCCAGCACCAGUCACAGAAGCAUCCCCGGAGGGCACCUCCCGCGGGCUUUGCCUGCAGCUGGCCUUGUUUCGUCAAGUGGUCUCUGGAACAGCCGGGCUUCCGUUCCUGCUGCCCGGCUCGGAAAACGGCUUCGGCACUGCUUUGCUGUUGUGGCAGAUUCUUUCGCAAGUGGCGAACAGCUGCCCAACUUUGAUUUCUAGCUACUUCGAAUGGGCGAGCGAGCUGGCAGUGCAGGCUGGACAGCCGCGGCGCGGGCGUGCGUUGUUGCAGCUUGGUGCGCCGAUCCGCACCAUGGCCCUCUCGCGAGCACUCUUCCGGCCGGAUGAGACAAGGGCAGCAAAGGAAGCUCAGAGUACACUUUCCACGAAGUAUGCUUCGAAGCUCCGCGAUCUACACAUGAAGUAUGGUCUGGAAGAGAAAGAGUGGCAAAUCGUCGACACAGACCAUCAGAACUGGGUGGUCGUGCACUCCCUCUGUGACUCGAACUUUGCCGGGGGAAAUUUGGAAAACGUGACUUUUGGCAUAACCGAACACAACCACAAGUCUUAUGCCGAGAGGUGGGGUUAUGAGUACACCAUGCAUACACAAACUCCUUUGGCAGAAGAGGAGCCCCAGUUCGGAAAGCUUCAGAUUGCGAUCGAUGUGCUCAGUAGCGAGAAGCCUCCGGACUGGUUCCUGUGGCUGGACUGCGAUGCUUUGGUGACAAACCGCUCGAUCUCUGUGGAGUCCUUGCUCCGGACUUAUCAGCUCUCCGAAAAAGACUUCGUGGUGGCGGAGGAGGUCUCCGGCAUCAACUCCGGUGUGUUUCUGGUAAGAGGCGGCGCAGAAGGGCGAGGCCUCCGCUUUCUGGAAGAGGCUAUGCAAAGCGACUGGCGCUUCGUCUGGGACCAAACCAUGCUUCUACAGCAGAUGGCGCGAGAGUCGGACCUCUUCGGUGCGACGAUGUGCUCUGACGCUGCUUCGGACUUCCGGUGGGCACCUCACUUCGGCCUGGUGCCUCAGCAUGCCAUGAAUCUCUACGGCGAAGGCUCUGCGCUGCAAUGGGGCGCUUCUGCUUGGAAGCCGGGUGAUUUCAUCUUGCAUUUGGCCGGAUGCCCAUUGACUGAAUCCGAAUGCCAUGGAACCUUCGAGGAAAUCGCGGCUUGGGCGGAAGCGCACAACUAG